GUAUGUGUAUAAAGGAGCAGGGCGAUCGGCGGCGGGACGGCGGGGGACAGGGCCCGGACCCGCAUAGCAACAACAUCAGCAAUCUCACCAUCAGCUCCUCACACAAUCCUAAUACUACCGUGUUCACACACCACCGGACAGCGCGCGGCCUCACCUACACACCUGUAUGCGCGCGGCCGCUCGGGGUUUGAGGGUUUAAUCAGAGCUGCAGCGGGGCGCGCGCUCGGCGUGUCUGGCGCUCCGCCCGCGGUAAUGGCGAGCUCGGCUAACUCUAACCCGGUGCCUAAACUCUAUAGAAGUGUGAUGGAAGAUGUGAUCAAUGAAGUGCGAGAGCUCUUCCUGGAUGAAGGCGUGGACGAGCAGGUUCUCAUGGAGCUCAAAACGCUGUGGGAGAGUAAGCUGGUGCAGUCGAAGGCCGUGGACGGCUUCCACACGGAGGAGCAGGGAGCUCUCCAGGUGCAGCAGCAGGUCCAGCAGGUUCAGCAGACUCAGCAGCCCAGCCAGCCACAGCAGGUCCUUCUGCCUCCAGCCCAGCAAGCUCCACAGCAGCAGGUGAUUGUACAGGAUCCCAAAAUCCUGCAGCACAUGACUGCUACUGGCAUGAGUGCAGCUGCCUCAGCGGCGACCCUGGCAUUGCCUACAGGAGUGGCUGGUGUUGGACCCUACCAGCAGAUCAUCACCAGUCAGGGUCAGAUCCUGCAGGUGGUGAGGGCCGCUAAUGGAGCUCAGUACCUCAUCCAGCCUCAACAGCCCAUUAUGGUCCAGCAGCAGGUCCUGCCCCAGAUGCAGCCGGGUGGAGUUCAGGCCCCAGUCAUUCAGCAGGUCCUGGCUCCUCUGCAGGGCGCCCUCCCUCAGCAGACAGGGGUGAUCAUCCAGCCCCAGCAGAUCGUCCUCGCAGGGGGCAAAGUGCAGCAGAAUGCUCAGGUCAUGCAGGCAGCCAUGGCUACUCAGGCGGGUCAGGGAGCUGCGCAGGUCCAGGCCCAAGGCCAGCCUCAGCCGUCGUCCCAAGCGCAGCCUGAGCAGCAGCAGCCAGCACCACAGCCGCAAACGCAGGCACAGCAGGCUGCCCAGCAGCAGCCCCCCAUGAUGCUGCAGGUGGAUGGCGCCGGAGACACGUCCUCCGAGGAGGAUGAAGAGGAGGAGGAUGAGUACGAUGAGGACGAAGAUGAAGACAAGGAUAAAGAUGGUGGGGAGGAUGGCCAGGUGGAGGAGGAACCGCUAAACAGUGGAGAUGAUGUAAGCGAUGAGGAGGACCAGGAGCUGUUUGAUACUGAGAAUGUGGUGGUGUGUCAGUACGACAAGAUUCACAGAAGUAAGAACAAAUGGAAAUUCCACCUGAAAGACGGCAUCAUGAACCUGAACGGACGCGAUUACGUCUUCUCCAAAGCCAUCGGAGACGCAGAGUGGUAAAGCGAGUGGAGAUGAAACAGACUGUCAGACGUACGCGCAAGACUCGAGACCUGGGACUGUUUAACCUUCAGGAGAUGCAAGUGGUUUAGGGAUGAGGAGAGACAUCCCCCGUACGGUUGGGUGAUACUUGAGCUGUGUUGAAGCCCCGUUUGUACGUCAUUCGCAUUUCAGUGGAUCUCCAAAGACGGCCCGUUUUUAAAUUUUUGAUUUCCUUUUUUUCUUUUUGGUUUGUCUUUUGGACAGAAGUCCUUUGUUCUUCAUAAUGGUGAAAUCUGAAUGCCCAAAAUGAACAAAAGUGUAAGUAGAGGCUGUCUUGAGCAGAUUUGUAGUGCCUCGAACUAGCUGUGAAGCCCUCCUCUUCCUCCUCCCUGGCGUGUACUUUUAGAUUACCGUGUGCUGUCGUUGGCUGUAACGUAGUUCCGAAUAGACUUGGGUUCCCAUUUUACGCUAAUCCUGGACGUGGAUUUAGCUGACCGCAUAGUUUGUCUUUGAAUUCCCUGUUUUUUCUGCAAAGCCAUUACCAUCUCCAGCCGUUAUGCCCUCAUUUGGAUUUAAACAAAACACUAAAAUGACCGCAGGCAUCAAAUUUAGUGCGAUCUUUGUUUGCAGUGUUCGCAGCAAACGGUUUCAAUCUUUUUCCUUCCAAUAAACCAAUUAGAAGACUAGAUCUUCGUUUUCAGAUGCUAGCUCGAGUUUUUGUGUCUAAUACAGUAUUUUCCGGCUGGUUAAAGGUUUGCACUGUCUGUGUGACGUGUGGUUACCAUAGCAUGCUUUAGUCCCAUCAGCUUUAACCUGGCGUGUCUUUGUGUGCGUGUGGAGUCACUGCUCAACCACGUCUUUUAAGUACUCAAGACAAACCCUUUCGAUGCUUUUAGUGAUGUCAAACUUACGUUUUAAUGUUUUGUUUUUUGUAUUUAUUCCUGAAAGCUCAGGCACCAUCACGCAUCGGGGAUGAAACUGCACCACACUGUGCUCUUAUGAAAAGAAGUGUUCCUUUUUUCUUUCCACUGUCCGCUGUAGAAGGUUACCGUGUGCUGUUCCGUCACGUCUGAAAUUUUUUCCCUUUUUUUCUUUUCUUUUUAAAACGAACUGCUUGUAUCUCUAUUACUUUCAUUUCUUCAUACUUUUAUUCACCAGUUUUGGCGACUCGAGUCCAUUUAUAAAUGUAUUUAUAUGCAGAUUGUGGUCAAGUAGACGAUGGAACAGCUUGUUGGGUUUUUUUUUUGGUUGAGAUUUUAGUAUCAUCUGCUUGAUUUUUUUUCAGUUUUAUUUUGUUUGUGCCUUUUACUAUUAUUUCAGCUAUCAGGUAUUUGCGAAAAUGCUAGAUUUUUUUUUUUUUUAAUAGAGUAAAUCCUAAAAGAUGACUGUACACUUGGCUUUGUUUUUAUGAUUGUUAUAAUAAACCAUGGGCUGGAGCUGGUGUCUGAUGCAACUCUGAGGAAACUGUGUCCUAAAUUCUUAUUGUUUUAUCAUAAUUCACUACCGUGUGUUGGUAGGCUGUGUGUUUGGAAUACCGAUAUUACAUCUUGUUAGUAUCUUCACAUCCAUGGAUUUAUUUUUUUUUCUCUUUGUACGACUUUAAUUAAAGCAUUAUUAAAAAUUG